AUGAAGGCCAUAUUAUCCAAUCUUCAACUCCAACAGUACUUGCCAACGUUUCAAAGACACAAUAUUGAUUUGAAAGUUUUCCUAACAAUGAAUGAGCAGACUCUGCAGUCCGUCGGUGUUUUAAACGAAACGCACAGAAGAAUUUUGGUAAUAUGCAUACGAAAACUUUCCCAGCUACUGGCCACGGUUAACUUGAUCGAAGAGCUGGAUGAACGUUUACUGUCACCAAUCGCUGAGGAGGCACCAGAAAUCUUUUCAGGUGAUGUUGAUUAUAGAUCACCUGACUUAACCUCCGGCGACAAAUCCGAUGAGUGUGUACCAAUAAAACCGGAUUCACCACCAGCGUAUACUUUCGAAUCACAAGAAAUAGAUAUAUCCCCUCCGAUAGGACUGUUGACCUCAAAAAACGUAAAGUCAAGUAAUCCCUCGUUUGGGAAAAGAUCAAGUCUCUUGGUACAAGGUAGUAAUGCGAAUGGAGAAGAUACUGACGGUGAGGAUUUCGGUCGGCGUCAUUCAAUGCCGGUAUUGCCAUCAUAUAUUGAUGCGGUAAAGGGACGA